AUGAACUCUUUUUUAGGUCUUUCUAACAAUCGACCAAAACUUUGUCAAAAUGCAUCGUGGAAUGCAUCGGCUAUAACUAUCGCGCCUCAGAGUGUUAUUGGCACAUAUCCUGCUAGUGUUUUUGUCAAUAUAAAUAAUCAUAUCUAUGCAGCUAGUAUAGCAAAUAAUAUUGGUUUUGAAUGGGUAUAUGGAAGUACAACACCUAUAAGAAAUGUUUCGGGCGGUUUAAAAACUCCAAGUAGUAUCUAUGGUUCAGAUACUAAUGAUAUUUAUGUUGAUAAUGGAGGUACAAAUUAUCGAGUUGAUAAAUGGUCAGUCAAUUCAACAACCAGCGUUCCAUCAAUGUAUCAGUACGGAGAAUGCUUUUGUCUUUUUAUCGAUAUUAAUAAUAAUCUUUAUUGUUCAAUGGAUACUAGUCAUCAAGUUAUCUCAAAAUCAUUGAAUACACGUUUAAAUAUGUGGAAUCGCAUUGCUGGAACAGGGACUGCUGGAUCAACAUCAAUUACACUCUAUGCGCAGCGUGGCAUUUUUGUUGACGAAAAUCUUACUUUGUACGUGGCUGAUUCUUUCAACAACCGAAUUCAAAUGUUUGCAUCGGGAUCGAUAAACGGUACAACUAUAGCAGGUGCGAGUGCACCAGGAACAAUUUCGCUUGCUGUUCCUGCCGGAGUUAUGCUUGAUGCUGAUGGUUAUCUUUUCAUAUUGGAUGGUUGGAAUCAUCGUAUUGUUGGUUCAGAUGCUAAUGGUUUUCGAUGUAUAGCGGCAUGUUCUGGAGCAGGCUCAACAGCAACUCAAUUAUAUUUUCCAUUAGCUAUUAGUUUCGACAGUUAUGGAAAUAUAUAUGUUGCUGAUCAAUACAACCAUCGGAUACAAAUGUUUUUAAUAGCAACUAAUUCAUGUGUUGUUUCGUACAAUCAACCAAAAUUCAAUGGAUUUGCUUCUUGGGAUCCAGUCGGUACAAUCUUUGCCACUAGUGGUACAGUUGGUACAGCACCUUAUGGUAUUUUUGUUAAUACGAAUAAUACCGUUUACGUGGCCAAUAAACAAAACAGUAGACUUCAAAUAUGGUUUCAAGGAAGUGCUAUACCUUCAAGUAAUAUAACUACUGGUUUGUCUUCUCCAUAUGGUGUUUUCGUUACACCCACUGGUUAUAUCUAUAUUGAUAAUGGUAAUACAAACAAUCGAGUCGACAGGUGGAUAUUAUAUGGAAAUAGCAGUGUUUCAGCAAUGAAUGCUAAUGGAGCAUGCUUCGAUCUCUUUGUCGAUAUUAGUAAUACUCUUUACUGUUCAUUGAAUACUCAAUAUCAAGUUAUUGCAAAAUCAUUAAACAGUAAUUCAAAUGCGGCGACAAUUGCUGCCGGUAUAGAUCAUGCUGGAUCAGGUUCAAAUCAACUGGAUGGACCUCGUGGAAUCUUUGUUGAUCUCAAUCUUAAUUUAUAUGUAGCAGAUUGUAAUAAUGAUCGUGUACAAUUGUUUACAUCAGGACAAGUAACUGCAACAACAGUAGCGGGAGGAACUGUAGCAACUACGACUAUAGCAUUAAACUGUCCUAGUGAUAUCGCACUUGAUGCUGAUGGAUAUCUCUUCAUUGUUGACAAUGGUAACACUCGUAUUAUUGGAUCAGGACCAUAUGGAUAUCGAUGCAUCUUGUCAUGUUCGGGAAGUGGUACAGCAGUUAAUCAAUUAAAAAAUCCAUCGCUUUUUAGCUUUGAUAGUUAUGGAAAUAUUUUUAUUACCGAUACUGGUAAUAAUCGAGUUCUCAAAUUUAUGUUGAUAACAAAUAAUUCUGAUGUUUCUUUUAAUCAACCAAAUUUUUGUCCAUCUACAACUUGGUAUUUAGAUGCUGUUACUUUUUCUAAUAGUACAAUGGUUGGUGUACAACCUUAUGGUAUUUUUGUUGAUAAAAGUAAUACUCUCUAUGUAGCUAAUAGAGCAUCCAGUCUAGUUCGAGUAUGGUACGAAGGAAGUAUUAGUCCUGACAGAACUAUUUCCGGUGGUUUAAAUACACCAAUGAGUGUCUUUGCUACACUAUCUGGUGACAUAUAUGUUGAUAAUGGUGUUAGUAAUCUUCGAGUCGAUAAAUGGGUAUUAACUGCAAAUAAUAGUACGAUCGUUAUGACAGUUACUCAAGAAUGUUAUUCUAUGUUCAUCGAUAUUAGCAAUACAUUUUAUUGUGCAAUGACUGCUUCUCAUGAAAUUGCUAAAAAAUGGUUGAAUGAUAAUGCAACUACGCCAACUAUUGCUGCAGGUACAGGUACUGCUGGAUCUGGUGUAAGUCAGCUUUCUUCACCUUCUGGAAUAUUUGUCGAUACUCAAUUUAAUUUAUAUGUUGGGGACUGUGGCAACGAUAGGGUUCAAAUGUUUUCAUUCGGACAAACCACCGGAAUAACGGUGGCUGGAAGUACUGCCCCGGGUACUAUUACACUCAACUGUCCAAAUGCAGUUACUUUGGAUGCUAAUGGAUAUCUUUUCAUUUCCGAUUGUUCCGAUAAUCGAAUUAUUGGAUCAGGACCAUAUGGAUUUCGAUGUUUAUUUGGAUGUACAAGUGUUGCUGGUUCUUCAUCGAAUCAAUUAAAUUCUCCUCGAACGUUUAGUUUUGAUAGUUAUGGUAAUCUAUAUGUUGCUGAUCAAAACAAUAAUCGAAUUCAAAAGUUCAUUUUAGCAUCAAAUUCAUGUAGUCUUUCAUAUAACCAACCACAGCUUUGUUCAAAUACAUCAUGGUAUUCCAAUGCUACAACUCUUUUGUCUAACAGUUCAAUUGGCUUAUUACCUUAUGGUAUUUUUGUUGAUGGUAUUAAUACGCUAUACGUAGUUAGCCGAUCAAAAAAUCGUGUAUUUGUAUGGCCUCAAGGAAAUAGUGCACCGACGAAAAAUAUUUCUGGUAAUUUUAAUAAUUCAUAUAGUCUUUUCGUUUCGAUGAAUGGUGAUAUUUAUAUUGAUAAUGGUUAUUUAAAUGGGCGAGUUGAUAAAUUUACAUUUAAUACAACAAAUGUCAAUACUGUUAUGAAUGUUAGUGGAAGUUGUUAUGGUUUAUUUAUUGAUAUUAAUAAUAAUCUUUAUUGUUCCCUUAAAGAUUUUCAUCAAGUUAUUCAAUUCUCACUUAAUAAUGGUACAACUCUUCCAACGAUUGCGGCUGGAAAUGGUUCUGCUGGAUCACUAUCAAAUAUGCUUAAUUCUCCUCAAGGAAUUUAUGUUGAUAGUAAUUUAAGUCUAUAUAUUGCAGACUCUGCUAACAAUCGUAUUCAAUUCGUACAAACUGGACAAUUAAAUGGAGCGACAAUCGCCGGAAAUGGAUCAUCAACAAGUAUUAUACUCAACUAUCCAACUGGAAUUGUUCUUGAUACUAAUGGAUAUCUAUAUAUUGUUGACAGUAACAAUCAUCGUAUUGUUGCAUCAAAUUACUAUGGGUUUCGAUGUUUAGUUGGAUGUUCCGGAGGUGGCUCAUCAUCCUCUCAACUAUCUUAUCCACAAAGUAUGGCUUUUGAUAGUUAUGGAAAUAUAUUUGUUACUGAUCGAAACAACAGUCGUGUUCAGAAAUUCACCUUUCAAACCAAUACCUGUAGUAAGUCUCGGUACCAACCACCACUACUACUACUACAACUAGCACUACUACUACUACCACCACAAGAACUACAACAAGUAGCAGCAGUACCACAAGUGGUACUACUACGAGCAGCAGUAGCACAACAAGUAGCACUACUAGCACCACCAGUACUACUACAAGCAGCAGCAGUACCACAAGUAACACUACUACUACUACCACCACUAGUACUACUACGAGCAGCAGUAGCACAACAAGUAGCACUACUACCACGACGACCACUAGCAGUACCACUUCGAGCAGUAGCAGCACCACCAGCAGCACUACCUCAAGCAGCACUACCACCACCAGCAGCACUUCUACGAGCAGUAUUAUUAAUUAAAUUAAAAUUAAAAUAUUUUUAUGAAUUCUGGUCAAUAAUUCAAGUUGGUAUAAUAAGUUGUUCAAUAACAAGUAUUAUUAUUUAUAUUUGGCGUUUUAAAGAAUAUAAUCGUUUAAGUUCACUUUUUCGUGAAACAAAUGGAUAUGUUUAUAUUAAUUUACAAAUGACAGUUUAUGUUGAUGAUGUUUUAACAUCUCUCCUUGGUUUUUGUUGUUUUUUUGGAACAAUUAAAUUUAUUAAAUUUAUUCGUUUUAAUAAAUCAUUAAUAAUAUUUGUUCAAACACUUAAAUAUGUUACAAAAGAUAUUAUUUCAUUUUCAUUUAUGUUUUCAAUUGUAUUUAUGUCUUUUCUUGCAUUAUUUUAUUUAUUAUUUAAUUCAAGUAUUGCAUCAUGUUCAAGUUUAUUAUCAACAGCUCAAAUGUUAUUUGAAAUAACAUUAAUGAGUUUUGAUGCAACUGAUUUUACUGGAGCUGAUCCAUUUCUUGGUCCAUUUUGUUUUUCAAUUUUUAUUAUUAUUGUUGUUUUCAUAUGUUUAAGUAUGUUUAUGUCAAUACUUAAUGAUGGUUUUCAUCAUGUUGAACUAAAUUCAAUUGAAGAUCAGCAAAUUUUAUCAUAUAUGUUAAAGAAAUUUUUAAAUUGGACACAUUUAAGAAGACCAAAUGUCGAAGAAACUUAUGAAAUACGAGAUUCUCGAAUGCAUUCUCAAUAUGUUGAUCCAAUUGAAAAUUUUCCUGAUAAAAUUGAUCAAUUGUUAGAAGCACUUGAUCGAGUAUAUUAA